AUGAAUCAAGAGCAGGCUCUAUUGAGAGCUGCGGCCCUCGACAUCGUGAUCCCUGCGAAUACAGAUCAGGAGUUAUCCGAUGUUCUUGGAAAUGAACCCACGGCAGACGAUGAACCUCUAGGCGUUCCGAAGCGCGAGUUACUCUUUGUUGACGAACGGGUGAGGGUGGUAGUGACUUUAUCGGUCCCAGAAUGUGACGAAGAGCUACUCAAUCGGUGCUUGUCGCGUGCCGAGAUACGAGUCGAAGCAUGGGCCUUUGAUCGUUCCCAAGAACGGGGACCGGGUUCAGUGGAACAAGUCCGAGACCUCAUCCAUACGGCUACCAUACCCACCACCAAUGAUCCACUGGUUCUUGUUCGACAAGCAGAUGAUGAUUCGCCGGGGAAUUUACUCGUGUUGGUUUGGGAAACCCAACUGUCUUUGACGAGACCGCGCGUCCGUAUGGUCGAUCCUUCGAUUGCUUUCUACUCAGCUAUGGUUGUGUCUGCCGAAGACCAGGCCAGCCCCGAAGAAAUGGAACUGCUGCGCCCUUUUCGGCCUUUGGAGCCCAGCGUCCUAGGUCCUAUGCGACAGAUGCCAGGCUACUCUGAUGCUUCUCCAUACCUGGCUGCAUCCAGGCUGGAGAAGGUAGUUCCAGAACAGAUCAAGGCAAAACAGCAGUUUCAUAUCGAGCACAUGUCGCCGAGAUACAAGAUUGUGCCUGCAGCCAUCGCCAGAAUGCAGUACAGCCGGGUCAACGAGGCAAACAGCAUGCCGAAGAUCAUUGCUUCACUCAAUGUCGAAAUUAUACCCUUUAUCGAGAUCCAGGCGACCAUUCUGACACUCGAUGUUACAAUCGCCAACGGAUCCAUCGAGGAUCUGACUCCCAACCUGCUCCCUCUCGACUGUAGGUCCAAGGAUCUGAUUACAUUUUUGUACCGCCUCAACCAGACCAGCAAUAUCUCUGCUACCUCAAGUCCAUCACCUGCGUCUCAGCUGCCAAAUUUUGACGUCCUCAACAUCAAUUUGCAGUUCAACGUCCGAGUGACCGACGUCUGCCAAUCCCGGAUCAAUAUGGCCUUUACUACGAACGUGGACUUCUUUCAAGCUCUCAACCCCUCCUAUGGUGCGCCUAGUCAGCCGAUACAGCGUCCUCAUCGCCCAGCCAGUCUGCCCUUAACAGUUGGUGGUAGCCAGUCUCAGCAAAGUCUGAGCACGAGCUUGCAGCAGGCACAGCCGAUUGUCGACCUCUCUACGUUUAUGGGUGUGACGAUAUCGUUCACUGCUCCCGUUGAACCUGUCAGGGUGGGACAAGCUUUUACCUGGCGGGUGCUGGUCAAUAACCGGUCUUCACGGCCGGCGAAAGUCGCAAUCUAUCCCAUGCCUCGAAUGCCCCGUGGUUCGCCGCAUACUUCGUCGGGUAAGCGACAUGCGCCACGACAUUCAGUGGCAUCAUAUCACUCAAGUGACAAACGACCACCUCGUGAAGGCGAAGCACAUGCCGAUAUAGCUCAGGCGGUGGUGGAUGAGAAUGUGAUAUACGCUAUGCAGCAUUCGCAUGCUCUGCCGAAGCAGACAGAGCUGAUUGCACUGACAGCCGAAGUCCGUGUUGGAGCUCUUGGUUCUGGACAGUGUCAUGAGGGUGAAAUCGAGCUGCUCGCCCUAAGAUCUGGGACCUUGAAGCUUGAUGCUAUUCGGGUGAUCGAUCUACUACGCGAAGCUGAAGAGGGUCUUGGAGCUGCCGGUGUCAUGAUAGAUAUAAAGAACUUACCAGACGUGAUUGUAGCCGAGUCACAAUGA